UCAAUAAGCAACAGCACAUCGAAUACGUUUUAACUUUUUAAGUCGUUGUUGUUCGUACACUCAAUAUUAUAUUAUUUUAUAUGAUACGUUUUCGUUGGGUAAAAAGUGCAACUCAACAAAAGCAUCUACUCCGUUUUAACUACUGUUCUUCUUGUACGGCUUGUGGCUGAACAAAUUUUAAUUCGAUCCGAUAUCGCCCUACAUUCCGUUAAGGUUCAGAAACAAUAAUGGCCGAGAAAUCGAGUGAAGAAUAUCCGCGUGACAACGCUGAUAAUACUUCUGAAACCGUAACACCUUCUAACAACACAGCUGAUAAAAAUAGCGAAGACAUUUCGGGUGCAAUCUGUACCAUUUCAACAAGUCCCGAAUUGAUGUCAGAAAUGUUUUACUCCUUCGACGACCCGUCUUCCGAACUUAAUGCACUUCAAUUGUCUAUGAAAAAAAUUGUUAGUAAAUUUUUUGAUGAACUUCAUAAUGAAAGACGUGACAAUGACAAUGACAAUGUUAAUGAAAAUGUAAAUGUCAAUGAAAAUGUAAAUGUCAAUGAAAAUGAUCAAAACAACCUCGUCGAUGUUAAUAAUGAAGCCAAUGUAUAUGCUGUUGAAGGUGAUAUUCACCACGGUAUGUUAGUAACAUAUAAAUCAAACAUAACUAUCGAGGAUAUAAAUCGUCAUUCACGCUUUUCUUUUCAUGACAAAUAUUUUCCAGAGUUAUUUUUCUCAUUCGAUGACUUCUAUAAAUCUACUCCACAUCUCCCAUUAUCACUUACACUAACUCCUCAAUUAAACUUAGAUGUUGAUUUCGUUAAACAAGGUCAAGAAUAUAUUGAUUUUAUGUCGGUUUUCACAGAACACGAUUUUUGUAAGCCAUUUCUCGAAAAAAUAUUCUCGUAUUUAUCUUACAAAGACAUUGCAUCGAUGACCACUGUGUCUAAAACUUGGCGCAAAGCGGUUUCAAAAUCUGCGAAUGCUCAAAAAGAGUUGGAAAAAGUUUUUAUACACGCAAUUUUAUAUUUUUGUCAUAAGAAUGCAAAUGUAACUGAUGAAUACAAGCAAUUGUAUGAUAAGAUUUUAAUACAUUUUAAAAAUCAAAUACAGUUUAAAAAAAAUGAUUUUUAAAACAUAGAUAAAAUGCGUGCAACGCCCUGCUAGCAUAAAAUAGAUUGCUUGUAGAAAAUAUAUUAUAAACAAAUUAUCUAUUCAGUAUAUGACUACAAAUAAAUAUAAUACCGUGUAGCAGUUGGUAUUUUCUAAAAUUAUUUAAAUUAGAGCAAUGAUGGUUUAACUCGAAGAACAUCUGUAUUUCAUUUUUCUUUAAGUUUCAACUGAAUUCUUAAAGUAUGAAUAAGGGGGUCAUUAAAAAAUAUUUACCGUAGUUAAUAAUACGUAGGAACCCAUAAAUGUCUUUAACCACCAUCGGCUACUAAAUCUUGACUACCACGUUUAUAAACUUAAUACCUACUUACUACCAUUAAUUUGAUUACACCUCCAUUAAUUAUAAAUCAACAAAAUUACCUUUAUAUAAAUUAUAUUAAUUAAAUAAAUAUCUAAGAUCUAUUUAGGAUGUGUUUUUUUAAAUGUACCUAAUGUUUGCUUAGACUAAGUUAUGUUAGAAAAGUAGAAGUAUUAUACAUUUAUAUAGGUACCUACUACAAGUUCACAAACGUCGACUAUAAUCUUACCUAUAUAUAUAUAUCAAAAUUUAUCUUCAAAUACUUUUUGUAAUUAAUAAACUUAAUUUUUAAUUUAUCUACGAUACACUUCACAUUGUAAUUAGUAAAAAUAUAUUGUUGUAUUUAGUUUUAGAAAACCAAAUUUAAUUAUAAUUUUUAAAUAAUGUGGCGUGCCGCGUGCCCAGGAUUUUUUAAUGUUGGUGGUGGGAGUUAUUACUAAUAAAUAAUAAUAUAUUUAAAUGAAUUGUGGUGGUAACCAAUAAGAUAUACUAAAGGAAUUUCUCGAACAGUGGGGAUAUAAUCUGAAUAUAACUCCUACCCACUCCCCUACCCGAACAGGCCACUGUUUAUAUAUAUUACCUAUAGUAUGUAGGACACUUAAUUACUAAAUAUAAACACAAGCAAUCGGGCUAAAUAUGUUUAAUAUAAAACAAAUAAUUACAUAUUAUAUACAAAUUACAUUUAAACACUUAUUGCCUACUCUUGUGAAUUUAACAAUAUAUGGUUAGGUAUCAUUUUAUUAUUAUCUAAUGAUAUUUUUUAAACUUAAAUAAAUUUAAAUUCUUCCAUUUUAAAAUAUAACUGACUUAAUUAACAAUAGGUAAUUAAAAACGUUCUAGUAUAAGUCUUUUUUCAUUACUUACAAGUUACAUUUAAUUUUGUCAUCUAAAUUAAUUAACCGGGCUCAAAUGUUAUCUUUUUUAAUAUGAUCAAUAUAAAUAUUAUAAUAUUUAUAAUCAUACGUCAUACCUACUUAUAUUUAUAAAAUAAAUCAAUUUCUCAAUUAAAUCGUUGUAAACAUAUCAGGGUGUUUGAUUUAAAUUUAUUUAAGUUUGUACAUUUCUAUGUUCAAUUAUCAAAUAUUGAACUUGUAUUAACUUAUUUUCCAACAUUUGUGUUCAAUCCGAAUGGGAUUUGACGGAUAGUAGAACAACAAAUUCCUAUUUAAACUAUUGGACAAUUUUAGAAUAAAUUAUCAUCCUAUAUAAUAUAAAUUACUUGGUUUGCAUCAGUUACCUUACUUGUACUUACGUUAUACCUAUACCUAUACACAUGAUACCUAUUCAUAAAUUAAUGUUAAUAAAAUAUUACAUUUGCAUUUAUCUUUGUAAAUUACUUAACCAUAAAUCAUAUAUAUUAUUAACUACUUAUGUAUUAAGUGACAUGUUUAUUUACCUGUUAUAAUUAAAAUAAUGUAGUAAAUGCGUUUAUAAAAUGUAUAUUGUAGUAAAGUAAUAUUGUGAAAUACUAUCAUUGAGUACUACUCAAUGAUACUAUUAUACCACGUAAUUUAAAAAAAAACAGUUUAUAAUUCUUUAAAAUAUA